ACAAACAUAGUAAUUUCACUCCUUAAACUCUUAUAACUAGCCAGAUUCAAGAAAAUCUUCAUCAAGAUGGGAGCCAAUGUUUCAACAGCUUAUGACGGCCAAGGCUCGCCAAAACAAAUCUACCAAAUGCCACGGCCGACGCAACCUCAACCAGCCAAGAAGGGCCAGGUCAUCGCAUUCCACUCCUCGGCUAAGUGGAAAAUCCAUUUCGAAGCAGCAAAGCAGACGUCAAAACUGAUCGUCGUUGACUUCACAGCCACGUGGUGUGGGCCGUGUAAGCAGAUUCUUCCGGCGAUCAAUGAGUUCGCCGAGAAAUAUACAGAAGUGGAUUUCAUCAAAAUCGACGUUGAUGAGUUAGAUGAUGUGGCUGAGGAAUACGGGGUUCAAGCAAUGCCGACUUUCAUACUGAUAAAGAAAGGAAAACAAGUGGAUAAGGUGGUGGGAGCCAAGAAAGAUGAUCUCCAAAACAAGAUUGAGAAACACAGAUUCUAAAUUUCUAUCAGAUAUAAUGAGCAUCAAUACCUUUGCCUUUAUGGCUAUUGAGAGAGAUUCUAGUAUAUUUAUUACUUCAAUAAUCUUGGCUCACAAUCUUCUUUACGAACAGCUAUGAGAGAUGUAAAACUAUGAAGAAAGAGCUUUCCAUUUAAGAGGAAUUAUUAUAUGAUACA